AUGUCGUCGCUAAUACCACCAUCUCCUCCUCCUUUACCAGCCUGGGUACUUGCUUUACCUCCUCCAAUACCUCCUCCUCCCUAUAACAUCCCUUCCAGACCAAUAUUUCCAUCCCGCAGACAACGAGUUAAUCAUCUCCAAGAGCAAAAGAAGCCGCGAGAUUCGGUUGUGAAGAAACCAGCAACGACAAUGAAAGAUCUAAAGCAAUUCCGUUUUCUCGAGCUUCCUCGUGAAAUUCGAGUCAUGGUAUACAAAUACCUUGCACCAAAUACCAAACCGAGCGAGUGGUGUGGAAAGCCACAGAGGCAUGACGGCUCAUGCUAUCCGGAGAUCCUAUCAGUAUGCCGCGCAAUACAUGAUGAAGUCCUGGACAUAUUCUACAGUGCAUCUGUCUACUCUGAAAUUGACAUCUCGAACAAUGGGAUAUUCUUCCUCGGAAACCGCUAUCUUUUAAGCGACCUCCUGCCAUCAACAGUCAGACAUGCUCAAUCGAUAUGUGCUCGUAUUCAACUGGAGUGGCGACCUGUACGCCAACAAGAAUUCAAGAAUCGGAUCACAGAAAUCUUCCCGCCAGACAGUCGUCUGCGGAAUCUUCAACUUUACUUCCAAGCCACUAGCCCAGCUUACAUCGGACGAGCUGCUACUCCAGAUGUCGUCGUGUCUGCACUUGAUAACACCUUGUCUCCUCUACAAGGCGUUGCUCAUAACCUAGGAUCAAAGUUCCAUAUCGACUUCGAGACACAUAUACACCAAGGUCGGUUCAGUCUGGGGGUUGACUUGAACGAUGUUGUUGGACAAUAUUUCGACAGAUUCGCGUGGAGCGCCCGUCAGAUGUGA